GGGCUGUGAUUGCGGCUAGCAGAUGUCAGUCCCGGAGCGAGCGCCGGUGGCGGGGCGCGCGGCCCGGCUGGCAGCCGCAGGUGGGGCUGCUCACGGCGAGGGACCUAACUCGGGAGCCCCGGAGCCCCGCAGCCCCGCGGACAGUAUCCAGGAUGCCCCGCGGGGACUCAGAGCAGGUGCGCUACUGCGCGCGCCUCUCCUACCUCUGGCUCAAGUUCUCGCUGGUCAUCUACUCCACGGUGUUCUGGCUGAUCGGGGGCCUGAUCCUGUCGGUGGGGAUCUACGCAGAAGUUGAGCGGCAGAAAUAUAAAACCCUCGAAAGUGCCUUUCUGGCCCCAGCCAUUAUCCUCAUCCUCCUGGGGGUCAUCAUGUUCAUCGUGUCCUUCAUCGGAGUGUUGGCUUCCCUCCGCGACAACCUGUGCCUUCUCCAAGCGUUUAUGUAUAUCCUUGGGAUUUGCCUCAUAAUUGAGCUCAUUGGUGGUGUGGUGGCCUUGAUCUUCCGGAACCAGACCAUCGACUUUCUGAAUGACAACAUUCGAAGAGGAAUCGAGAACUACUAUGACGAUCUGGACUUCAAAAACAUCAUGGACUUUGUUCAGAAGGAGUUUAAGUGCUGCGGCGGGGAAGACUACCGGGAUUGGAGCAAAAACCAGUACCACGCCUGCGACGCCCCCGGACCCCUGGCCUGCGGGGUGCCUUACACCUGCUGCGUCAGAAACACGACAGAAGUUGUCAACACCAUGUGCGGCUACAGAACUAUUGACAAGGAGCGCCUCAGCGUGCAGGAUGUCAUCUACGUGCGAGGCUGCACCAACGCCGUGAUCAUCUGGUUCAUGGACAACUACACCAUCAUGGCGGGCCUCCUGCUGGGCAUCCUGCUCCCCCAGUUCCUGGGGGUGCUGCUGACAGUCCUGUACAUCACCCGGGUAGAGGACAUCAUCAUGGAACACUCUGUCACCGACGGGCUCUUGGGACCUGGUGCCAAGGCCAGCGUGGAGGCGGCAGGCACAGGAUGCUGCAUGUGCUACCCCAACUAGCACCCCAGCCUGGGGCAGCAGCUCCCGCAGGACCGUGCCGCGACAGCACCACUCAGGCCACGCCGCAGUGGCCGGACAGGACCGUGGGUCCUCUCCGCAGACUUGGCACUGUCCAAAGCCCCGGCUGUGUUUUGCUCUGGUGGCCUGCUCGGACCUCCCACGGCCACUGCCUCUCUGGGGAGCGGAGCCCCUCCCCAGGCCCGGGAUCCCGUGCCUGCCCGCACUCUUAGGCGCGGACAAGAGCGUCCCUUCUCCAGGCCUGGGCCACCGGGCAAGGGGGUGCCCAGCGCCCAGCUCAGGGCCCGUGGCAUUUCUGGCAGUGCCUUGGCCUGUGGUGUUUAUGCCCAUUUGAAGGCGAUUUCGUAGCAAUUUGUACAGGAGGAGGGAGGAGAGCAUGGGUGCCUGGUGGUGGAGAGGGCGUGUGGCCCCCAGGCGCCCCCAGUCCCACGGCCACACCCCGGAGGCCAGGCUGGGCCCAUUUCUCAGCCUCCCAGGAACCUUGAGCCCUCCCUAAGGCUGCUGCUUUGCUGACCCUCUUUUUUACGUGAUUUUUGUAACAUUUUGUACACAGUUAACAGGAGUUUCUGACUAAUCAAAGCUGGGUGUGUCCCCACACACCCCACUUUUGCCCCUCCAAUCCAGUUUAUUAAUCAAACAAUAAAAAUUUGAUUUUU